AGUAAAUAUUGACGAAUGAUAACGCUCGUUACGUAAAACGUCAGAAGAGUUUACAAAUCGAGCGAAACGCAUUUUAUCAAUCUUAAUUUUUAAAUAUUUUUGGUAAUGAUAUGAAUCAUUUUAUAGAGAUGCAUUUAAAUAACUCGGACGAAGAAAUGUAUUACGAGCGAGAGAACGACGAUAAAACUCGUCACGAUCAAUGGGUGCGAUUGAACGUCGGAGGGACUUACUUCUUGACAACCAGAACCACUCUCUGCAGGGAUCCCAACUCCUACUUGUAUCGCCUGUGCCAAAAUGACCCCGACCUCAACCCCAAAAAGGAUGAAACCGGAGCUUACUUAAUUGAUCGAGAUCCAGACUAUUUUGGUCCAGUACUUAAUUAUUUACGACAUGGAAAGUUAGUUAUUAACAAAACUUUAGCCGAAGAAGGUAAAGCUAAGAAAACUCUUCAUUAAGUAUACUAAUAAUUAUAUAAUAUAUUUACUCUAUAUGUCCACAGAUAUGAUGAGGUAUAAUUUUUCGUGAAAGUUUUAUAGUUUUAGCAUAUAUCUGUCCUAUAAGACAACUCCCAA